GGAUAAUAUUGUUGCUUUAUUAUAAGCUUCUAAAGAAAAAAAACAUUUUGUGAUAAUUUAGUUUAAUCAAUGAUUGUGUCACGUCAGUAAUCUUGUUUUGUUUGAAAUAGUUUUGAAAUAAUCUCCACUCAUUGAAUUGUGCAUUAGUUUGAAGAAAAAGUGUUUGUGAAAUAAAAUCAUCAUGUCAUUUGGAAAAUCUUUUCGGGUUCUUGAAAAAAGCAGACCAGAACAACCACACAGUAUUAUCUUGGAACAUAGAUCUAAAUCAGAUACGCUUUUAUUUGAAUCAAUGACAGUAGCAAACUUAUCUGGUCAGGAAACUGAAGCAAUCAGGAAGAAUUACGUGAAGAUAGUUGAUGCUUACGGUUGUUUAGGAUGCUUACAAUUAAAUGCUAACGAGUCAACAAUUCUUUAUUUAGUUUUGGUCACUGGAUGUUUUAGUAUUGGCAAAAUUGCUGAUUGUGAAAUUUUCCGUAUCACACAAAGUCAGCUUAUACCCCUUAAAUCAUUGCAAAAUCAAAAUAACAGUGAAGACAAAAUCGCUGAAGUACGUAAAGUUUUAAAUUCUGGAACAUUUUACUUUGUAUGGAAUUCAUCAAAUCAGCAACAAUCAUUAUUUGAUAUUACAUUGAGUGCGCAACGUCGACGCAAAACAAGCGAAACUGAUAAUCGUUUCUUCUGGAAUCGAAUGCUUCAUAUUCAUUUAUUGCGUUUCGAUGUAGAUUGCGAUUUUUGGCUUUUAAAGGCCAUGUGCGGAUCAAUUGAAAUCAGAACAGUUUAUGCUGGAAGUAAACAAGCAAGGGCAAUUAUUAUAUCAAGAUUAUCAUGUGAGCGCGCAGGAACUAGGUUUUGUGUCCGUGGUGUAAAUGAUUAUGGACAUGUUGCAAAUUUUGUUGAAACGGAACAAGCUAUUUAUUUAGAUUCUGAUGUUACAUCUUAUGUCCAGACACGUGGAUCAGUUCCUCUAUUCUGGGAGCAACCAGGUAUGCAAAUUGGAUCACAUAAAGUGAAAUUGUCUCGUGGCUUUGAAGCUACUGCACCCGCUUUUGAUCGUCACUUAUCACUAAUGAAAAAACGAUACGGAAGACUAGUGAUUUGUAAUCUAUUAGGCACAAGUUUAAUUGGAAGUAAAGAGGGAGAAGCAAUGCUCAGCAACGAAUAUCAGAAGCAUCACGAAAAUUCGCCUCACAGAGAUGUUCCUCACAUUAUUUUCGAUUAUCAUUCAGAAUGCCGAGGCAAUCAAAUUAAUUUAUCUAAGCUUAAAGAACGCAUUGACAAAUGUUGCAGACAUUUUGGACUGUUUUAUGCUUCGGCAGAUGAGAUUGUGAAAGAGCAACAUGGAACAAUUCGAACAAAUUGUAUUGACUGUUUAGACAGAACAAAUUGUGUCCAAACCUACAUCGGCUUAGAUAUACUGCAUGAACAAAUAAAAGUUAUUGGACUUGCAGACAAGAAGCAAACUCUUUCGCGAUUUGAGGAAGUCUUCAAACAAAUGUGGAUAUCUAAUGGCAAUGAAGUUAGUAAAAUUUAUGCUGGAACGGGUGCAAUGGGAGCGUCAAAUAAACUAAUAGACGGCGCUAGAUCUGCAGCGAGAACAAUACAAAAUAAUUUAUUGGACUCGUCAAAACAAGAGGCCAUUGAUAUUUUACUCGUUGGCUCAACUUUAAAUUCAGAACUGGCUGAUCGAGCUCGUAUAUUGUUACCAGCAAACAUGCUACACGCUCCGACUAGUGUAUUGCGAGAAAUGUGCAUUAGAUCCAGUGAAUAUAUAUCAAUUAAGGAGUUGAGAGUAGCUGUUGGAACAUAUAAUGUUAACGGCGGAAAACAUUUUCGCAGCGUUGUCUACAAAGAUUUAUCAUUGAUCGAUUGGCUUGCUCCAAAAAACGAUGCAAUUGUUGAUAUCGAGCACUCUGAUUCGGUUUAUGAUAAAAUGGCAGAUAUCUAUGCAAUUGGCUUCCAAGAAAUUGUCGACUUAAAUGCACAAAACAUUGUUGCAGCCAGUAGUGACAAUUCAAAAGCUUGGGCUGAAGAGCUUCAAAGAGUUUUAUCAAAAGACGAUGAGCCAUAUGCAUUAUUAACAAGUCAGCAGCUAGUUGGAGUCUGUUUGUAUGUCUUUGUAAGACCGCAUUUAGCUAAAAGUAUUCGUGACGUUGCUACAGAUUGUGUAAGAACAGGUUUAGGGGGAGCAACUGGAAAUAAAGGAUCGGUAGCAAUAAGAUUUGUUUUAAAUGGCACUUCUUUUUGCUUCGUAGCUGCUCAUUUUGCCGCUGGUCAAUCACAAGUAGCAGAGAGAAAUGCUGACUAUGCAGAAAUUACACGAAAAAUUCAAUUUCCAAUGGGCAGAACUUUAAAAGGACAUGAUUAUGUAUUUUGGUGUGGUGAUUUUAACUAUCGCAUUGAUAUGGAUAAAGAUGAAAUGAAGGAACUGAUUAAGCAAGGCGAAUUGCAGCCUAUACUAGAACAUGAUCAGCUCAGAAAACAACAAGAGGCUGGACAAGUUUUUAAUGAUUUCUUGGAGGGUGAAAUUAAUUUUUUCCCAACAUAUAAAUAUGAUCUCUUUUCUGAGGACUAUGAUACUUCGGAAAAAUGCAGAGCGCCAGCUUGGACAGAUCGAGUAUUGUGGCGUAGAAGGAUGCAGCAGGCAGACUCAGAUAAUCCAAAUUGGAGUCCUGGCAAACUUUUGUUUUACGGUCGAGCAGAAUUGAAACAAUCUGACCAUCGUCCAGUAAUUUCCAUUUUAGAUAUCGAAGUUGCUAAUAUUGACGCUGAUAGGAGAUCAGAUGUGUUCAAUGAUGUUAUAAAAAGUCUUGGCCCACCGGAUGCCACAGUUGUGAUUAAUUCUGUUGAUCAACAAACUGAAGAUGAUGGUGAGAGCAUAUAUGAUGAAAACAUAACAGCUUCUUUAGUACAAGAGUUGGCCGAGUUUGGCGAAGUGACACUUGUGAGAUUUGUUGGUGAAACAAUGUGGGUUACAUUUAAGGAUGGACAGGCCGCUCUUGCUGCUGCAACACGCAAAUGUAACAUAAAUGCUCAAGGAAUAGAUUUUAUUAUUCGAUUAAAAACUGAAGACUGGUUGAAGAAAGUUUUUGAUGAAAUUUCACUAUGUACAUCUAAUUGUGUACCAAUGUGCGAGUACAUUGAUAUUUCAACAAAUGAUGAUUACAAUAGCAUUGGAAUACCAACAACUUCUGCAGUUCUAAAGUCAUCGAAACCUCCUACGAGACCACCUCUUCCGUUACAAUUUCCCCAACCAAUGCACAAAGCUAAGCAUCAAGCUGGCGUUGUUGAUGUAUCGCAAAUUAUUAGAUCUUCGUCUUCACAACCACACAUUCCUGAAAGACCAUCUAUUCCGCGUAGACCAAAAGAUUUCGAAUCUAAAGUCGAAACACAGUGUACCAUUUCACCAGAUUCGUCAAAAACAGAUAUUAAUCAGCAACAAAAUGACGUAAACAAUGAUACUCAAUAUCAAGCACCGUCUGCAAUUUACGAGGAAAUUAAGGAUGACAUUCCUCCAAAGGAGCCACCUCCAGUAUUUCAUAUACCACCAACAAUACCCCAAAGGAAUCAGCAUUUGCCACCAAUUCCAGCACGUAACAAACCUCCACCGCUACCUGUGCGUGCGAAUCAACAUUAAAAUAUAUUUAUGAUGCUUUUCUUGAUGUUAUUGCUAAAGAACCAAAAUGAUGGUUUAACUAAUUGAGACAUAAAAAAAAUGUUGAUAUCGUAUUUUAUAGUAUGCUAUAAAUAUGUGAAAUUUCAAAUCCAAUUACAAAUUCUACUUAUUUGAAUGUAUGCAAAUAGUAAAGUAAUAUUUAAAAUACCUAGUCAAUGGCAAAAAUAUUUAUAAAUAAUACAUAAAACAUUCUAUUAAAAG